AUGCCGGCCGCGGUUGCGUCUCACUCGCACCGCCCCACCACUAAGGUGUCGCACAAGCCGUUCAAGUCCAAGGCAGCGUCCAAGCACGAGCUGCGAGAUCGUGCCAAAGGUCGAGUUCCCAAUGAGGGCGGCCAGCGCAAGACGCCACACCAGCAGGUCAUGUCCAAGUUCGACCGUCGCAACCAGGCCAAGCAGGCCCGCUUGUCCAAGCACAAGGAGCAUCUCAAGGAGACUUCCAUCUUUCAUGGCCGAGACGGCGCCCCUCGCAUCGUCAGCGUCAUUCCUCUUUGCGCAGAUGGCGACGCCAAGGCUGCUAUUCGACAGCUGAACACCAGCCUCGACAUCGAUGCCGAAGUCCUGGACGGCAAUGUCCGGGUUUCCGUCGACCGCUUCAAGCAAAAGCUGCAGUACAUACCACUCAAGCGCGACCUCAGUGCAUGCCUAGACGCCGCCCGGGUCGCCGACUUUGUCGUUAUCAUUUUGUCCGCCAGCGAGGAGGUGGAUGCGCUGGGAGAGCUGAUCCUUCGCAGCGUCGAAAGCCAGGGCAUGUCAACCUUGUUCACUGUCGUACACGGUCUCGACAAAGUCGAGCCGGCCAAGCAGAGGCCAGGCGUCCUUGGCUCCUUGAAAUCGUUCAUUACGCACUUCCACCCGGAACAAGAAAAGGUGUACAGCCUUGACAACCGGCAAGAGUGCUCCAACCUGAUGCGAUCGCUAUGCAGCACAACUCCCAAGGGCAUACGAUGGAGAGACGAGAGGAGUUGGAUGUUGGCCGAGGACAUCAAAUUCGCCAACCAGGAUUCUGAUUCGACAAUCAUCACUGGAAUCGUACGAGGACGUGGACUAAAAUCUGAUCGUCUCGUCCACAUUGGCGACUGGGGAGCAUAUCAGAUCGAGAAAAUCGUAGCUGCCCCUCUUCCCAAGCACAAGAAAGGUGAGGACGCGACGGAAGACACAGAUGAGAACAAGCUGCUCGAGGCAUCGUCUGAAGACCUGGACGACUUGAACGAGCUUGCGCCGGAGGAAGCCAUCAUGCACAUGGAGGAUGAUGGUGAUGGUGCCAUGUCGGCCGUUACUUCGACGAAAAAGGGCGUGCUCCUGGAUGACCACCACUACUUUUCUGAUGAGGAAAAGGAGGCGGCGGAGCGUAGCAGCGCAAAACGGCGGCUGCCCCGAGGCACCUCCAAAUAUCAGGCGGCCUGGUACCUCGAGGAUGUCUCAGAUUCGGGAUCCGACGUCGAGGACAUCGAAAUGGGCGACGGCGAUAAAGAGGAGGAGGACAUUGGCGCCGAAGACGGUAUCGAGGGCUAUGCCCAGCCCGAGCCAACGGAAGCUGGCCCGUCGGAAUACCCGCAGUCGGAGAUGAUGGAGGACCUGGACGAGGACGAGGACGCUCAACAGCUUGCCCAGUACCGCGCUCGGCGGCGAGACGAGGCCGAGGAGGACAAGGAGUUUCCUGACGAGAUCGAGCUGCAUCCUAACGUCUCAGCGCGGGAGAGAUUGGCCCGAUACAGGGGUCUGAAGAGCCUGCGGACCAGCACCUGGCAGGAGGACGAAGACCAGGCGCACGAGCCGGAGGAGUGGAGACGUCUGCUCCGGAUUCCCGACUAUCAGGCAUCCCGGUCACGGUCGACGCGGGAGGCCCUGGUCGGAGGUGUGGAGCCGGGCACGCGGGUCCAUGUGCAUGUCAAGGGCGUUGCGGCCGGGAUGGAAAAGUCUUGGGAUCCGUCUCGUCCCGUCACUCUCUUCUCCCUUCUCCGACACGAGCACAAGAAGACGGCGGUCAACUACCUCAUCAACCUGAGCAACGACCACACCAAGUCGAUCAAGUCCAAGGAGGAGCUCAUCGCUCAGUGCGGACCCCGGCGCAUGGUCAUCAGGCCCGUCUUUUCCCAGUCGGGCUCGACGCCAAAUGACGUGCACAAGUACUGCCGCUACCUCCACCCGGGGCAGUCUGCGAUUGCGACCUUUGUGGGCCCCGUCACCUGGGGAUCGGUCCCCGUCAUGUUCUUCAAGAGGGCCGUUGCGGGCGAAGGUGAGGAGCCGGCCGACGUUGGACUGUCGCUCAUCGGGACGGGGACGGCGCUUCCGCCUUCAACGUCGAGGGUGGUUGCCAAGCGAGUGAUCCUGACGGGACACCCGUAUCACAUCCACAAGAAAAUCGUCACGGUGCGGUACAUGUUCUUCAGUCGGGAGGACGUGGAAUGGUUCAAGGCCCUGCCGCUAUGGACGAGGAGGGGCAGGAGCGGCUACAUCAAGGAGCCGCUGGGCACCCACGGCUACUUCAAGGCGACCUUUGACGGCCGUAUCAAUCCGCAGGAUGCGGUGGGCGUGAGUCUGUACAAGAGGGUGUGGCCACGAGCGUCGUCGCCGCUUCAGGGGCGCUUGCUGGAAGUGGAGAGCGGGGGGCAACGGCCGGUUGAAGAUGUCAUGAUGGAAUGA